UGAUUUUUAUGCUUUACUAAACAUUACUAAACAGGAUACUGUAUGUGACUAUUCGAAGCAUCUUUAUUAUAAAAAAAUACAGGUCCUAUAGAAUAACUAAAGGUUACAUGUUUUGUGCUUGAUAUUAUUGAUGGAUAUUAAUGAUUUUUUUGUUUUAUGUACACCACUACGUCUUGUCAAAUGAGGGUAAAUUACAAGAAUAACAGAAACACAUGCUAUAAUAAGGAAACACUCGACUUGCUAUCACAACUGAAUUACAAAAGAUAUUCGCAAUUAUACAUACACAAACCUUGGCACAAUACACAAAACGCUACGGACCACAUCACGGGUAGUAUGAUGACACAUAUUGGACAGGCACGAUCUGGUUUAUUAAUUUGUACCAUGUUUGUUUAUAUAUAUUUGGAAAAAAUGGAACAGCAUGUUGAGUCCAUGUUAGAAGAGUCCAGGAACCAUGACCUAUCUUCGGAUGAUGAAGAUACAGAAAAGAAGAUUGAUGGUCUAGAUAAGAAUGUGGCAAGCAUUUGCAAUGUGCAGUGUGUUGGACAACAUUUGCCUAAGUUAUUAAAUGAUUUCACUACUGUUGCUCAUGUUGUAGAAGUUGAAAAUAUGUCUUCAGUUGCUAAUGUUGAAGAAGUAAUAACAUUAAACACAAACAAUCAACAUCAUGCAAAUGUUGAAGUUUCCAUGUCUCUGCAGCCACAAAAUUCAUGUAUAGAUAGUGGUCCAAGAAUAAGUCAGAGAAAUGUAGAAAGAUGUACUGCAAACUUGGUAUAUGUAUGUCCUAUAGCUGAGAAUGAUACCCAAAUUCAUAGCAUUCAGAGAAGUUUUCACAACAUAAAUAUGUGUAAAGAGGCAAUGAUAUUAGAUGUUGAUUUCAGCACUGUGUUAAUUGAUGUUUUAAAGAAGAGGAAGAAUAUUUUAGAUACAGAAGAUUGCCUUUUGGCUAUGGCAGCAUCUGACUUACUGUGUUGUGCUUUUUAUGUCAGUUUCAUUGACAUUACCUUGUCAAAUGUACAAUACAGAGUGGUUCGUUAUUUCGAAUUUGGAAGCGUUAAAGGUUUUUUUAAUAAUGUUUUACUUAAAAAGAUAAACUCAUCCUGUUGUGCACCUAUACUUCCAUAUGCAGUUUAUACCAAAGUGGAUGUAGAAGCAAAAAAACAUUAUGAUAUUUCAUUAUUUACAUCACGAAGAAAAAUAUCUCAAAGAAAUCCUCAGGAGAUGGCAUACAUACGCCACACAAAGAUAAAUAAAACGAAUUUAUCCAAAUCGUUUAGUGGAAUUGUAUCAUCCGUUAAUGGGGAGUCAAUACAAUGUGUUAAAGCUGCUGUGUUUGUUAUGCAUAAAAAUCAACAAUUUGAAGGUUCAAACGAUAGUAAAAAAAUAUUCAUGAGUUCUCCAACUAUCUGGGAGGAAUUGGAAGUGCAACUGUUGAAUUUUCGCAUGGCUUCAUCCACCAAAAAUAAUUAUCCUGCCUUCAAUUCUUCUUUUUCAUCAACUUUAUCGCUACAGCAACAAUUUCAGUUGAUAUCGUCAAUACCGAACUAUCAUAAAUGGUCUUGGUACUUAGAAAAAAAUAAUGAUGUAAGAUUGGAACAAAAGUUUUCCAAUUCUUGUCGACGUUUUCCUGGUUCACCUAGAAAUAGGAUAAUUCAAGCUGUGAAGUACAGAUUGGAUUCUCAACUGAUUGUAUAUUCUAUUAUCAAAACCUUGCAUUCUGAAUUCUCUGAAAUACCAUACAAAGCUAUAAAAUCCCAUCAUAGCCAAGUGAAAAAAGAAAGAACAAGUAAGAGAAAGCAUAAUCAUGUAGCAGUUAAUCAAAACGACGAUGAGGAUGGUGAUGUCAAUUCUGAUGAAAAUAUGGCAGAGGAAAUAAUUAACAAUGAUUCAACUCCUGUGUUCCGUUCAACUCUUAAGGAGUCUCUUUACAGAUUCUUUUGUGGUGAAAUUUUCACGAAAGGUGUUUGUAAGUGGAGAAUAAAAACGGCAGCUCAGCAAACAGUCAUCAUGAAUGAUUAUGAUAGUGAAACAGGAAAUUUUCUGGCGUAUUCCUUUGUUCAUGUUUCGAUAUCAAUGCUUGGUACUACGCAGACUGAUCAUUGUACCUGUAAAAUAUUCUCAACCUGCCAGACGGAGAAUGUUCCAACAUGCUGUCACUGCCGUUUAUUGAAUGAGUUAUUACAAUUCAAUACGUCAAAUGUUCUUCCACCACACAUAAGUAAAGAGAGUAUCGAAGAAAGUAUGUAUUACUGUGUAGAACCAGUAAUUCCCUUGAAACCAAAAGUCGGUGUCAAGAAAUUUUCUAUUGCGGCGAAUGGUGUUGCAGAGAUUGUAUCCAUCUUUACAGUAGAAAACACGUCUCGGAAGGUGGUGCAAUGUCAUUCGUCUGUGUGCAACAUGAGAAAAGGAAGUAAACGAGAAAUUAAAUCUUUGGAAGAUAGUUCAGAAUUGUGCGUCCACUUGGCAACAUUUAGAAAGUUCUACCUCAAUAAUCGCGAGAUAUUUUCGGAAGAUGAUCUAGGUGAACAUAUCUACUUACCAGAUAAAAAGUGGGAAAAUGUAUUCGAUGUCUGGAUUAUGGGCUUUUGGAAAGAGAUCGCCAAGUACACAAGUAGUCGAUAGAAAUCAAUAUAAUGAAAAA